UAUAAUCACGUUGACCAACUGCAAGUGCAUGAGAUUCCGCGUGGUGAGGAAGAUGGAGAAGGGAAGAACAAGAUUGCAUCUCGUUGACUACAGUUCUUGUUCUGUAAUUCUCUUCAAACUCACCAAUGGCGUCUCGGAGCUCUCUUCCAGUCCGGACAUUGACGAUCUCUCUCAGCUUUCUGCUUCUCUUUCACUAUGUCCACUGUUUCAACUUCUUCGGCAUUCGUCCAGUGGAUUUCAAGAAGGGGGAUGACUUGAAAGUGAAGGUGAAAGGAUUAACUUCUACAAAGACCCAGUUGCCGGUUUCGUAUUACUCACUUCCGUUUUGUCGUCCCGAAAAGAUUGAGGACGAUGCGGAGAAUCUCGGAGAAAUUUUACUUGGUGAUCGAAGUCAAAACUCCCCUUAUGUGGCCAAAAUGUUGGAGCAUCGGCUGUGCAACAUAAUAUGCCGGAUUGAACUUGACAGCGAAGGAGCUGAAAAGUUGAAAAAGAAGAUUGAGGAUGAGUAUAUGGUUCAAAUGAUUCUUGAUAACCUCCCUUUGGUUCAUCCGAUUAGAAUAUUUGAACAUGAGUCUCCCCUUGCUUAUCAACUUGGAUUUCAUAUGGGGCUUAAAGGGUAUUAUUCUGAGGAACAAGCUGAAAAAUACUUCAUCUACAACCACUUGUUAUUUACCAUCAAGUAUUAUCAUGAUUUACGAGCAAAUUCUACUAGAAUUGUGGGAUUUGAGGUUAAGCCAUUCAGUAUCAAACAUGAGUAUAAUGGGAAAUGGAAAGAAAGGAAUACCCGUCUAUCAACUUGUGACCCAAUCUCAAAAGUUACGGUUAUUAACUCCGAUGGUCCUCAAGUGGUUGAGGAAGGCAAGGAAAUCAUUUUUACUUAUGACAUUGAGUACCAGGAGAGUGAGGUCGAUUGGCCAGCAAGAUGGGACGCCUAUCUUGCCACAAGGGAUGACCAGAUGCACUGGUUCUCUAUACUGAAUGGUUUAGAGUCUAUUCUUGUGAUCUCUGGCAUACUGGCAGUAAUUGUGUGGCGGAUUCACCGUGAUAUUUUUAACUACAACGAUCUUGAGACCCAAGAUAGAGCCCAAAAAGCGACAGGUUGGAAACUCAUCCACGGGGAUGUUUUCAGGCCACCAUGUAAUUCAGAUCUCCUUUGCGUCCAUGUUGGCACUGGAGUUCAGAUUCUUGGAAUGAUUCUUGGCACUAUGCUUUUGGCCAUCCUGGGACUCCUCUCCCCUUGUAGUAAGGGCGAUCUUAUUACAACCAUGCUCUUGCUUUGGAUCUUCAUGAGCCUCUGUGCUGGUUACGUGUCUGCCCGUCUUUACAAGAUGUUUAACGGUUCAGAUUGGAAGAAAAUUGCCUUUAAGACAGCCUUCACAUUCCCUUCUGUCAUCUAUAUAAUCUUUUCCCUGUUAAAUGCUCUCUUAUGGGCUCAAAAAUCAUCUGUAGAAGUGCCAUCUUGGGCAAUGUUUGUUCUGCUCCUUCUAUGGAUUGGAAUCUCUGCCCCGCUUGUCUUUGUGGGAAGUUAUGUUGGAUUCAAGAAGGAAGCAAUUGAAAAACCUGUGAAGACCAACUCACUCCACAGGCAAAUCCCACGUCAGUCCUGGUACAUGAAUCCGAUCCCUAUUGUUUUGAUCGGAGGGAUACUCCCCUUUUCAACCGUCUUCGUCGAGUUGUCCUUCAGCCUUACUGCAACUUGGCUAAAUCAGUUUUAUUGGUUCUUUGGCUUCCACUUGCCGGUUUUUGUCAUCCUCACUGUCACUUGUGCUGAAAUAUCCAUCAUGCUUUGUUAUUUACAGUUAUGCAGGGAGGAUUAUCGCUGGUGGUGGCGAUCGUACAUAACAUCGGGCUCAGUUGCUAUUUACCUCUUCCUUUACUCGAUUUCGUACUUCUCCAAGUCCCUGGAGAUCACAAAGCUUAUUUCUGUGUUGUUGUACAUAGGAUACAUGUUAGUUGCUUCAUAUGCAUUCUUUGUGCUGACUGGUACCAUUGGAUUCUUUGCAUGCUUUUGGUUCACAAGAGUCAUCUAUUCCAGUGUGAAAUUUGAUUAGCAUGGUUUUUCUUCCUUAUUGCUUUCUCUUUGAUUUUCCUUUCAUUGUGUACUAAACUUGAGAAGCUAAGGGUUUUUGUAGUUGAAA